AUGUACGGUAGAUUAGUGUCCUCAUCGGUAAAAUCAAGAUUGGUCUCCUCAUCGCUGCUCAAUUGCACCGUAAGAACCGGACCACGCCUAUUGAGGGUACCCCUUACAAGAACCAGCACUCAAUUAUGGUACUCCACUUCAAAACCUGCUCAGGAGGAACCUCCCACGUACCAAGAACCUCCAGUGUUCCAAACGAGGGAUAAGAUCAUUAGUUUUGCGUUGACUGCUGUCGCCACUUUGACUGCUAUAUAUUUGGUUAAAUCCCCCUCUAAGAAGAAGAAAAUUAAGGAAGUCAAACAAGUGGAAGGUACAAUGGAGGCUAAGGAUGCUUCUGUUGAAGAAAGAGAACAAGAUAUGGUUACCGAUACUACAGCUGAAUUGGAACCGGAACAGGAAGCUGAAGGGGAACAAUCUUCUGAAACUUUGGAAGAGGGAGAACAUGUAGGCAAGGCUGUUGAUGUUGAUGCUGUCGAUAAGGAUAUGGCUGAAAAGGAAGAGGAAGUUCAGAAGGAAGGUGCUUAUAAUCCGGAAACUGGUGAAAUCAACUGGGAUUGCCCCUGUCUUGGUGGAAUGGCCGAUGGACCUUGUGGUGAAGAAUUUAAAGAAGCCUUCUCUUGUUUUGUUUAUUCCAAUGCUGAACCAAAGGGUAUUGAUUGUGUUGAAAAGUUUCAAGGAAUGCAAGAUUGUUUCAGAAAGUAUCCUGAACAUUACGCCGAACAAUUAAAGGAUGAAGAAGAAGCAGAUGCAUUGGCGCAAAAAGAUGGUGAAGCACAAGAAGCCGUUGAAACUGAGAAAGAAGUUGCGUCUUUGGCUCCACCAGUCACAGAAGAAGCCCAUCCUGUUGAAUCAGAAAGUUUCGAAAACAUAGAAGAGAGUUUGAUGCAAGAGGCAGCGGAAGAUGCAUCUCAACCUUCCGAUGACUGA